CUCUUAACGUCUGUGUGUGUGUGACUACACACAUACUCAAUCCUCUCUUAAAUAAAGCACAACCGCUUCUGACUUUUUGUAGCUUCAAAUACAAAAAUGUGUUUGAUGUAUAUUUUUGGAGCACUGGUCAUCGCAGCGACAGCCUUUAGCCAAGACAUGACAACUUUAACGACAAAAAACAAUUCUGUUCAAGACCUGUUUGUAGCAGUGGGUUCAUUUGUUCAGAUACCAUGCAUUGACGGAGAGCAAAAGGGGGUGGAGUGGAAAUUUAACAACUCUAUGCUUUUCUCGAGCCCUGUUCUUUCCCUAAAGAACAUCAGCCUGCAGGACCAAGGCAUCUACACCUGCCACAGACCAAAUGGGGACCCGAUACAAAGAGUCUUUCUACACCUGGGCUAUUCUCCUCCUUCUCCAGAUGUGCAUUGUUGGUCUCCAAGUUACCCUAAAAGGGCAGUAUGCUCGUGGACACUGAAUCCAAAUCCUACACUUCCAACACAUUACAUUGCUACAUAUAGGAGCCAUUCAGACCCACUUUCCAGUGCCCACCAAUGCCAAAGAUGGGGACAGGAAGAGAGGCAAUGUGUGCUACAAGAACUGAAGAUAUUUGAAAGCGAACCAACUCUUUUCAACAUCACAGCUGUUAACGCUUUGGGUAGCGCAACACGAAUAUGGCCAUUUAUUUUUGAGGAUAUAGUGAAACCAGAUCCUCCAGUAAAUGUGACAGUGAUGGUAAUGCCAGGGAAGAAGCUUUCUGUGCAAUGGGGUCCACCACCCAGCUGGCCGGAUCCGGUCAACUUUCCUCUUAAAUACACAGUGAAAUUCCACUGGGGCAAACCUGACACAGCCAGAACUCUGGGCCCUUAUGAGUCUAAUAACAUGGUUCUCCGUGGACUAGUGGCCGGAAGGACCUAUCACAUCCAAAUAUCUGCAAAGGACUUUCUGGACAAUGGACAGGGCAGUGACUGGAGUUCACCUAUAGGUGCCACUAUACCCAGUAAUUGAUUAUGCACAACGUUAGCUUAAUGAAUAUAUUCAAGCUUGAACAUCCAGAUUAUCAUCAUAAACCAUUAACCAAUCAUAGCUUCAUCCUACAUAUAAUCACAAGCGUAUAAACAUUUAGAAAAUCUCAUUGCUGUUUUAAUUUGUUUGCGAAAAAAAUAAAAUAUAGCGCAAGAAAAUG